ACUCCAAAACCUAUUCAACCAAAACUAGACACCUCUUCUCACUCUCUCUCUAACAUCUCUCUCAUCCUCUCUCUAUACUUUCUCUCUCAUGUUCAUCGUGUCACCAUCUCCAAAGAACACACAUGUUGCUCCAUAAAUCCAACAAAUCAACAUUUUCAUGUAAAUUCACUAAACCAAACCCCCCCAAACAACUAAAUGGGCAGACUAAACCACAAAAAAUCCAACUUUAACUUUGUCACAAACACUUGGGUUCUAAUAAGAAUCACUUCUUGUUUCUCUUGAACAACAACAAUAGUAAUAGCAACCCUUCAUGGAAGUCUCAGAAAAUCUUUCCUUUCUCUUCGUCUCUUUCUAACCCUCAAAGCAGCCCGACCCAUCAUGUCCGACCCAUACCCGACCCGACCCGUUUCAUCCUUCCUCCCUUCACCAAAAUUCUUCAACACCCUAUUCUCCCAAUCAUCACCUACUUCAACCCUCAAUAACCCAUUUGAAAAAACCCCAAAAGACCCGACCCGAAGCCCGGUUGAAAAACUUGACCCGGAAGGCAUAGCUCUAGCACUAAUUGAAACCCGACCCGGUCAACCCACGGGUCAACCCAACACAAUAAGUAGAAAAGUGUUAUUUGCAUCAAAUUUAAAGAUCCAGAUUCCUGAAUUUUGUGGUGAUUAUGGGAUCAAGACACGUAGUCCACAUUUUUCGGGGGGGUCGGUGGGAACCGGGUCCGGGUUCGGGUCGCCACGGAGUUUUGUUGGGCCUUUGUCUUUGAAGGAGAUGGAGAGUUCAGAAGAGUAUACACGAGUUGUUUGUCAUGGGCCGAACCCGAAAACGACCCAUAUAUUUGAUAAUUGUGUUGUGGAGAGUUGUUGUGGGUCGCCCGAAUUGAAGAAGCCUGGUCCGAAACUGAGUUUUUUGAGCUUUUGUCAUACAUGCAACAAGAGUCUUGAAGAGGAUAGUGAUAUCCUUAUUUAUGGGGGUGACAAGGCUUUUUGCAGUGAAGAAUGCAGAUGCCAAGAAAUGAUUUUGGAUGGAUUGAUGAUGAACUAAAUCCUGAAGUGACUAUUUUGCCCCUUGGUUAGUUGGUUUCCGGUGUUAACUUUCUACCGUCUUCAUAAUCAUGAGGACAAGAUGGGAAUUUGGUUAGAGUUUUGUUUGAUUUAGUGUAAUUUUAGCAAAGCUAGCGUGUGGAUGAUUUACUCUGGUGUUUUUAUUUAAUUUACUUUUGUUUAAACUUUCUUUAUAUCAGCUUCCGUUUUACCAUUCCACUAUCCUUGUAAGGAUUUUGUAGAAAAAGAAAAAGAAAAGCUAUGUUGUAAUGAUGUUAUUUUGGACUUAUCUGAUUAAUGAUUGAUGUGAUUUAUAACAA